GACUUAUGGCCUUUUAAGUUUUGGUUUGGUGCGGAGCCAGGGAGGAAACGCUGCCUAGAAGUCCUGUGUCGGGACAAAACAAGAGCUACGACACGACCCGCAGCUGAAAACACGGCAGCACAUGAGCUGAAGCACAACAAACCGUUCUGUCUGCGUGGAUAUCGAUUAUUAGAUAUUUGUAUCAACGGGGGAAAAUAAUUUAGACAGUGCAUAAACGAUUGUCACUGCUACAGCAGGUGGCAGUGUGAGACCCUUCAUUAAGAAAGUUCUGAAGGGCGACCUGCUGCCUGUCGUUUAGCAUGUGAGUGUGAGGUUUGACUGCAGCCCUGAUGGUACCAGUGAGACAGACCGAGACAACAUGACAACACUGAGGAGGAUUUAUUCAUGGUCCCCGCUCCUGCAGCGGCCCUGCGCACUCAGCGGUCAGAGAGCAGCAGCCGCCGCCUGCAGCCUCCUCCACACGCCUCACCAUGCUGCUGCAGCCCGCACCAUUCAGCCUCAGCGGCUGAGAGCUGCGCCCAGCCUGCAGCACAGAGCGUUUGCUCUUUCUUCAUGCAGGUUAAAGAGGACAGACUCCUUCAGCAGCGGGCAGGAGACAGGGUUUACAGAGGAGGAGGAGGAGGGUGGAGACCUCAUUGAGGACAGUGAGGUGGAGGAGCUCUUCCUGCAGCAGGUUCCUGCAGGCAUCGCAGGGGAGGAACAGCACAGGGUCUUCAUCGUUCAGCCUGAUGUGAAGUGGGGGAGCAGGAAGCAGCAUCUGACCACCGCCGAGCUGAUGAUGGCCGAGGCCGUGGGGCUCGUGAACACGUUAGACAACUGGAGAGUGGUGGACAAGAUCAUCCUGUCCACCAAGACACCAGAGAAGAAGAGGAUAUUCGGCAAAGGCAACUUCCAGUCUCUUACAGAGAAAAUCAGACAAACAGCAGGAAUCACUGCAGUGUUUGUGAAUGUUGAGCGUCUGUCUCCUUUGUCCGAGAGGGAGUUUGAGGGAGCCUGGGGGCUUAAAGUUUUUGACAGAUACUCCAUAGUCCUUCACAUCUUCCGCUGCAACGCCAGAACCAAAGAGGCCAAGCUACAGAUCUCUCUGGCUGAGAUUCCCUUGUUAAGAUCUCGUUUGAAAAAUGAAAUCACAAACAUGGAUCAGCAAGGCGGAGGAUCGAGAUACAUCGGAGGUUCAGGUGAGACACUGUUCGAGGUCCAGCAGAGGCUGUUGAAGGAGCGUGAGCUGAAGAUUCGCUCAGUGCUGGAAAAGCUGCGGAAGAAGAGGCACCUGCUGCAAUCUCAGCGUAAACACAAAGAGUUCCCCGUCGUCUCUGUGCUGGGAUACACAAACUGUGGAAAAACGACUCUGAUCAAAGCACUGACUGGUGACAGCGCUCUCCAGCCCAGAAACCAGCUUUUCGCCACCCUGGAUGUCACUGUCCAUGCCGGCCAGUUGCCCAGUCGCAUGGCUGUUCUGUACGUGGACACCAUCGGCUUCCUGUCCCAGCUGCCCCACCAGCUCAUCGACUCCUUCUCUGCCACGCUGGAAGAUAUUAAACACUCUGAUCUGCUGAUCCACGUCAGAGACAUCAGUCAUCCAGAGACGGCGAAUCAGAAGGUGAACGUACUGAACGUCCUCAAGAACCUGGAAAUCCCUGACAGGCUGAUGAGCUCCAUGAUAGAAGUCCACAAUAAAACCGACCUCGUUGACAACUAUCAGCCUGCAGAGCCCGACGCACUGAGCAUAUCUGCCCUGGAAGAGCGAGGCCUGGAUGAGCUGAAGAAAGUAGUGGAAGCAGAGAUUGUGAACUCAACUGGAAAACACAUUUUAGAUCUGAAAGUUAACCUCAGCACUCCUCAGUUAAGUUGGCUGUACAAAGAGGCCACUGUUCAGGACGUGCAGGUGAAUGCAGAUGACGGCUCGGCUGUCGUCAAGGUCAUCAUCAGCGCGGCUGCUUACGGACGCUACAAGAAACUGUUCGCAGAGAGAUAGCAAAGUAGGGAGGAGAGCGAUCCCUCCUUCUUCAGGACUGCAGCUCCAAAUAAAUUACUGGUCCAUGAGGAUCAGGAAACUGCAAACUGCACCAAAAAGGUCUUUAAAAAACUGUAUUUAUUGUACAGUAUAUUAAAAUACUUG